AUGCCUCGCAACCACAUCCUGAUUGGUACUUUGCCUGUGAUUUGGAGAUGUUUUCUUGUUCAGCGAGCGCUAACCACCAAUAUCAUUAUCACCCUGCCGCAAUUCGCCUUCCAAUCAAUGACACUCCGUGCUACAGCAUUGGCCGCGGUUCUGGCACCUUGA